CGUCCAACUCUAAGCCCAACUUAGGAGGCGAGUCGGAUCUUGAGCUGGCGGCCAUUACCCACCGAGUGACAUUGUCCAGAUUUGGUCGACAAGCUUAAAUGCCCCAAACAGAAUUGCAGAUAAAUCCGCACGAUAUAUACUUCAUCGUGAAGUGUUCGCCUUCGGCUCUAAGCUAGAUUAUAGUGACACCAGAUCCAUCAGCCAUAAAAGUACCUACGAUAUCCUGGGCCUUUUGACGAAGAUCCCACUUCCCUGGAACAGUCCAUCGUGCAGCCAAAAUGGGCGAGACACUCGUCACCUGCCCCAGCAGCAAGCGCUGCUCCUACCUUCUCCCCCUCCUCUACAAUAAAGGAAAAUUCUAACUGCGCCUCGCCACCACUCUCAAAGUCCCGCCUCCAAGCUCCCGGCCUCCUACAUGGACGCUGAAGUCAUACCCACCGACCUUGCCUCCCUCCAGCCUGCCAAGCCCUCCUCAAAGGCGCAAUGCUGAUCUGCCACGUCGGCCCAUUUUUCCACUCGCGCGAGAAAGACAUGGGCUUCAAUCUGAUCGACGCAGCCGUAUCCGAGACCCAGCGUCCAGGCAACCUUUUUAAACACUCCAUCUUCUCGAGCUCGCUAUGCACCCUCGUGCAGCACGACUUCAAAAGCUACGUCGAAGAGCGGCUGUUCCUGCGCCCGCUCAACUUCACUGUUCGGCAGCUGACAAACUUCAUGGACGCGUACUCAGCCCUACUGCUGGCCACUGGGAUAGACCCGUCCUAGAGAAGUUAUGGGACCCGGACAUGCAGUCUAGUCGCGUUGAGUUUCGCCUCGGCGGCGGCUAAGGUGUUCAAUGAGAGGGAAGAGCGCUAUCUGGCACUGUACCCGCUUUGCUCCACUCUGCCGGUAUCGGAAGGGGAUUUGGUGCGGGUAAUUGGGAGGCAGGUUGGCAAGAAGACGGAGGUUAGGACGCCGACGUCUGAGGUGGGUGUGCAGAAGACUAUGGGAUAUCUCUACGGCGGGCGAGAGCCUGCCGUGUAUAGCGGUCGUUUAGUGAUGGACGAUUUCCAGCUAAGUGCCGAGGGGGAUCUUCGGCCUGACACUUCUUGGGAUGAAGCCGAGAGGCUCGUGGCUUCCUAU